AUGGAGAAAACAAAGCGAGAAGAACAGUUUGAGGCUGUUUGUUUAGCACGAGCAUUAGACUGGAAAAGUCUUCAGCGAUUACUAGAAAAGAAUCCACAUAUGGCGAAACAAUGUGAUGAUCAUGGUAUGCUUCCAAUUCAUUGGGCUUGUACAGUACGUCGUGUACCAUUAUCACUUCUUGCAAAACUUCUUCAAGCGUAUCCCGAAGGUGUUCAAAUAAAGAAUGAUGGCGAUUUAUUACCAUUACAUAUUGCUAUUCGAGCAGGUAUGCAAGCAUUAUGUCUUCGUAAAUUAGUACGUGCGUAUCCGGAUGCUGUGAAUGAACGAACACCGGAUGGAGUCUCGGCUUUAGAAAUGGCACAAGAUAUUGGACUGGAUGCAGAGAGUUUAAAAGUACUUUAUCGAGUUUAUGAACGAAGGAGUCUUCUUUUUCAGCAACAGAAUGGAGAAGAUAGUAGCUCAAAUCAUUUGAAGAGGAGUGAGUCGGAUCCGAAACAAGUGCUUAGUGAACAGGAAGAAGGUGAAGUUUCUGGGGUGGAAAGACCGGAAGAUGAAGAAAAUGACUGGACUGAUGCUGCUGUACCAAAACCGUUUGUGGGAAAUACUGGUAGUAGUGGAUUUCUUUAUGUAGGUGAUGAUGGGGAACUGGACGCGGUUGAAAAGUCUACGUUGGAACCGGAAGAUAGUAUCAGCAUCAUGAGUGAACAGUCGUUAAGUGACAUUGAUGGACUUGACACGCCGCAUGACCAUCUUGUGUCGCCUUCUUCGAUCAGCAUGUGUAGCCAAGAUGAUCCAAGGACCCCAUCCAGCUCUCAUAUGUCGUUUAGUGCUGUCCAGCUUCGUAAUAGCAGUCAUCGUAGAUUACUUGUAAAGAGCUUUCAGGAUCAAAGCCAUCAGAAAUCUCAGCUGCCCCAGCAGAAACAAAUGCACCACAUGACAUCGUUGCUUACCCAGCUACAAGAAAAUGGUGCCGUGAGUAAUCGAGAGCUGCGGACGAUGGUAUCUGCGAUAGGUGCCAAUGUUACUGAGGGAAAAAACAAGAAAGAUGCAUUGAGUCGGAGCCAUGGUCGUCACCGAUCGCUCCCUGUGAUGCCUAGCCAUGGAUACCUUCGACAGAACUCAAGCUUCCAGUUUGACAAUGAGGCGGACGAUGAGGAUGAAUAUGACGGUCAUGAUGUUGGAUCGUCGCGAGGCAGCACUAGUAGCGGAGGUGCGGUUGGUGUUCCCGCCAGCAAACGAGACAGUCUUUUCUUCUCAGUACAGAAAACCGCUCGACGACAAGCAACACGUAGUGGAUCACACAGAAGCUCUCCACCAUUGUUUCGACGGUCACGCCGUCGGGCGUCACACGGAUCAAAUGAUCGAGGCCACUUUGACCCACCACCUGAAUGGAAACAUGACGGUGAAUGCUCGAUCUGCCGUGCCAGCUUUGGUAUGUUCAAGCACCGCCAUCAUUGCCGCAAUUGCGGCAAGUCUAUUUGCAGCCAACAUAGUGCGGACAAGAAAAUUUCGAUGGAAGCCAAGGGCUUUACUACUCCGCAGCGUGUCUGUGUCACAUGUUAUGCCAUGAUUACACACAGUCGGUCGCUGAAGCAUGAUCAGCUUGAGCUCGAAGAUAACGGCCGUGAGGGUCCAUUGCUCAACAACGUCGCCUUCCAGCAGCAGCAACGAUAUGCGUUCACUCCAGGAGCUGGCGCUAGCGAUCGCUAUGGUGUUGGUGACGUCUCGUUUCCAUCUUUGACGACCCCACUGCCCAAUCGAAGCAUUGCAUUUGGAAGUUCGCAAAGCCUCACCACUAGCGAUGGAAGUCUUGGCGCUUCGCCGAUAACCGGACGUAAAGGAAGCUCUCGAAAGGCAACUGUGUUAGCUGCAGGUGAAGCAACUGGAGGAAUUGGGGAACACGGCACCACCAACCACGCGUCAAGAUUAAGUGGGGCACCAUCAUCGUCGGCUGUGCAUGAGCUGCGUAGUUUGCUGGCUUCACAACAAAAGCAGAUUGAACAGCUUGCUGAAAGCAAUAUGCAGAUGCAGCAGCAGCUUCUCGAGCAAGAAGAGUUAAAAGCCGAGACGAUGCUUCUGAUCACUCAAUUAAUGACGCGCGUAUCGGUGCUAGAGCUGCAACAAGAUCGCAGUUCCAGAUACUCGAAGCGUCGAAGUGCUGGUACUGGUGAUAGCGAAGAUGAAGAUGAGGAGUUUCCUCAGGAUGACAGUAGCCCCUUUCACCGGUAG